CAGUUCUUCUGUCGCGUCUGAGCUAUUGAGUUGUCAUAACUUCACAAUGGCUGCCACCGGUUUGACGUGUAGUAUUUCCUUAAGAUUUUUGUAUGUGCUAUUUAUUUCAAUUUUUUUAAUAAAAUCAUUAAGUGGUGAUAGCCUGGGACAGCACAGACGAUUUGAAUAUAAAUAUUCGUUUAAACCGCCGUAUUUAGCGCAAAAAGAUGGAACCGUUCCAUUUUGGGAGUACGGUGGCAAUUGUAUUGCCAGUUCGGAUAGUGUAAGAAUAGCGCCAUCGUUAAAAAGUCAAAAGGGUGCAAUAUGGACCAAAAAACAAACGGAUUUCGAUUGGUGGGAAAUUGAAAUAGCGUUUAGAAUAUCGGGACGUGGUCGAAUUGGUGCUGACGGUUUGGCAAUUUGGUACACAACGGAAAAGGGAGAUUACAAUGGCGAUGUGUUUGGUUCAUCUGAUAAGUGGACCGGUCUCGGUGUGUUCUUCGAUUCAUUCGAUAACGAUAACAAACACAAUAAUCCAUACAUUAUGGCUGUAUUGAAUGACGGCACCAAACAAUUUGAUCAUCAAAACGAUGGAACCACACAAUUGUUAUCGGGUUGUUUGCGUGAUUUCCGUAAUAAGCCAUUUCCAACGCGUGCCAAAAUCGAAUACUACAUGAAUACAUUAACCGUUAUGUUCCACAAUGGCAUGUCAAAUAAUCAAGAUGAAUAUGAACUUUGUUUACGUGCUGAACAUGUAACAUUGCCACAGCAUGGAUACUUUGGUAUUUCGGCGGCAACCGGCGGAUUGGCUGAUGAUCACGAUGCCUUCCACUUCUUAACCACUUCACUUCAUCAACCCGGUGAUAUGGGUGAAGUUCAUAAACUUCCCGAUGAAGCGGCCAAACUUACUCAGGAAUAUCAAGACUAUCAACGAAAAUUGGAAUUGCAAAAAGAAGAAUAUCGUAAAGAGCAUCCAGAUCAUAAGAAACCUGAUGAAUUUGAUGAUUGGUUUGAGACUGAUAAUCAACGUGAAUGGCGUCAAUUGUGGCAAUCACAAAGUCAUAUCACCAAUGAAAUUAAAGAUUUGGGACGUAAAAUGGAUGAAAUGAUUGGACGUCAAGAGCGAACAAUGGGAUUAUUAUCGAUUAAUGCACAACAACAGCAACAACAACCAGGACAAAUUCAAUAUCAACAGCAACAACAACAACAGCCACCACAACAAGGAUAUGCGGAUACAAUUCGACGGCACGAAGUUGAAGCGCUCAUUACAAAUCAAAAUCAAUUCAUUGCCACAUUACGUGAAAUGAAGAAUUCAUUGAACGAUUUACAAGCACGUUCCGAUAAUAUUCUUCAAAAUCAAGCACGUCAACCAAGCGGUAGUGUUCAACAAGCCGGCUACGAUGUUCAAUCAAUGAUUGGCGAAAUGAGAGACGGUUUGAAUCAAAUCAAACAAGGCAUCACCAAUGUUCAUGCAAAGGUUUCAUCACCACAAGCUCAAACGUCAUGUCCAAAUGUGACCUGCUUAAGUUUAACAUCAUUCUUAGUAGCAACGGCCAUUCAACUGGGCAUUAUGUUGGCUUAUUCACUGUACAAAGAAAAUCGCAACGCACAAGCUAAGAAAUUUUAUUAAAUUUAGAUUCAAAAUCAUCUGAUCAAUAGGAAAAAAACUUUAUACAUUUUUUUUUCAAAAAAAAAAAGAGAAUAAUACAAAAGGGCAAAGAAAAGUGAGCAUUAUUGAUGACCGACGCAUUUAAAUUGAAAUGCAUUUAGAGAAAGAGAAUUUUUUGUAACAUCGUCAAUUGCCUUUCAUUCAUUCAUUUUGAGUAAUACAUACUGAAAAAUUACGAUUUAUUUUUGAUUCAAUGUGACAUUCACACCAACGAAAAUGUGGUUCAACAUUAUUUUUUUAUAACAAAAUUGUGCGAACUAUCAUUUUAUUUGGAGGGGAAAAAUAUUAAAGAUUGAGCAAAGAAAAAAAUAUAUUCAGUAAAACAUUCCUUUCCAUUAAAAAAAAAAGCAAACGCAAGCAAAUAAUUUUGAACCAUUUAAUAAUUGAGUAAUUUUAAGUUAGAAAUUGUGUUGUGUCGUUCACUUUUGUUAUUAAUAUUAUUUUGUGUUGUUUCUUCCCACUAUUAUAAAAAUCGACCAUUGAAUGAACUGAAAAAAACAUGAAAGAAUGAAAGAAAUGAAAAGAAAAAAAAAACCGAAAAAAAUAAAUAAAAGUCUUUUUAAUUGGGAAUCAUUUGUAAUACUGAUUUAAGAGUCUCUUUUCUAUAAUAUGCGUAUUGAUUAAGAAUGACACCGAUUUUUUUUAUUUGGACCCUAUUCAAAUAUAAAACCUCAUAGUAAAUAGUUACUUGUAUUUAAUAAUGAGAGUGCAAGAAAUAAAAAAAAAGCAAAACAGACUA